AUGCCUUCCGCAGCUUCGAUUACUCUGGCUUUGGCGACCGCUCUUGCAGGAGUCUCUGCGCAGUACUGCGACCUGCCGACGUCUUACAAGUGGUCCUCGACUGGAGCUCUCGCCCAGCCAAAGAAUGGAUGGGAGUCACUCAAGGACUUCACCCAUGUGCCGUACAAUGGUCAGCACUUGGUAUAUGGCUCGAAUGUCAACGGCGGCAAUUAUGGCUCCAUGAACUUCGGCCUUUUCACCGACUGGUCUUCUAUGGGUUCCGUCGCUCAGAACGGCAUGUCAUCUGGGACUGUUGCGCCUACCCUGUUCUACUUCAAGCCCACUGGCGUGUGGGUUCUGGCCUACCAAUGGGGCUCGUCGGCGUUCAGCUAUAAGACUUCUGCUGAUCCUACCAACGCCAAUGGAUGGAGUUCCGAAAAGCCUCUCUUCACGGGUACCGCACCUGGAGCUGCAUACGGUCCAAUUGACCAGACGGUCAUCGGAGACAGCACGAACAUGUAUCUCUUCUAUGCGGGUGACAAUGGCAAGAUCUACCGCGCAAGCAUGCCGAUUGGCAACUUCCCGGGAAGUUUUGGCUCCAGCGAGACGACUAUCUUGUCAGAUACGACGGCCAACCUGUUCGAGGCCGUCCAGGUGUAUAAGCUCAAGGGACAGAAUAAGUGGUUGAUGAUCGUUGAGGCCGAGGGUGCUAAUGGACGCUACUUCCGCUCCUUCACAGCAACAAGUCUGAGCGGAUCUUGGACUCUACAGGCUGGAUCCGAGAGCGCUCCCUUCGCAGGGAAGGCCAAUACUGGAGUCACCUGGACGAGUGAUAUCAGCCACGGCGACAUCAUCCGUGAUACCAACGACCAGACUUUCGAGAUCGAUCCCUGCAACCUUCAGAUGCUCUACCAAGGUCACGGUAGCUCAAGCGCAGCCUACAAUGACCUGCCAUACCGCCCGGGGCUCCUGACCCUUCAGAAUCCAGCCGCACAACAGGGCGGAAGCACCGGCAGCACGACCCUGGUGACUUCAGCAUCCACCAAGGCAACCACGGCCGCUACGAGCGCGACGAAAGUGAGCAGUACUGCCGCUGCUAGCCCGACCGGGUCGCAAGCGGCGCACUAUGAUCAGUGCGGAGGUCAAGGCUGGACGGGUGCCACGACUUGUGUGAGCCCAUACACGUGCACGGCAAGUAAUCAAUACUAUUCGCAAUGCUUGUAG